AAUAAAGUUGUGUUUGACGGCAGCGGAAGUAAACGGCCGGUUGCUCGGUUGCUCAGUUGCUAAGCGGCAGCCGAGGAGCAGCUGCACUGUCAACAAGUCGUCCUCAGCGGCUGAGGCGGAUUAUCUGCGCACGGUUUAACGUUUAAACGUUAACCUCUCCGUUCAGAUGGUCAACUGCGGCAGACGGAGGUGGAGCAGUUUCCAGUAGUUCAAACGAAGCAGCCAGUCUCCCAGUGUGACCACUAUGGCUGCUGCCAGCACCACCAAGAUCUCAUGGCGACUGCAGGAGUUCGAGGCUCACUCCAGCAGUGUUUCCUGUUUGGCUCUGGGGAAGAGCUCCGGCCGCCUGCUGGCCACAGGAGGAGAGGACUGCAGGGUGAACAUCUGGGCUGUGAGCAAGGCCAACUGCAUCAUGAGUCUGACUGGUCACAAGAACCCAGUGGAGUGUGUCCAGUUCAACGUGUCAGAGGAGCAGGUCGUCGCUGGUUCACAGUCUGGAUCGAUACGUGUCUGGGACCUGGAGGCUGCCAAGAUUUUGAGGACUCUGAUGGGACACAAAGCCAACAUCACCAGUCUGGGCUUCCAUCCAUUUGGAGACUUCCUCGCCUCCAGCUCCUUGGACACCAACAUCAAGCUGUGGGACGUGCGGAGGAAAGGAUAUGUGUUCAGGUAUAAGGGUCACACUCAGGCUGUGAGGAGUCUGGCCUUCAGUCCAGAUGGGAAGUGGUUGGCUUCAGCCAGUGAUGACUGCACUGUCAAGCUGUGGGACCUGACUCAGGGGAAGACGAUCACAGAGUUCAGAUCUCACACUGCCGCCGUCAACAUCGUCCAGUUCCACCCCAACGAGUACCUGCUGGCGUCAGGCAGCUCCGACAGGACCAUCAAGCUCUGGGAUCUGGAGAAAUUUACGAUGAUCGGCUCUUUGGAGGGAGACACGACUCCGGUCAGGUGUAUAUUUUUCAGUCCGGACGGCAGCUGUCUGUACAGCGGGGCCACAGACUCUCUGCGGGUCUUUGGCUGGGAGCCCGACCGCUGCUUCGACGUGGUGCCGGUGGGCUGGGGGAAAGUCUCUGACCUGGCAGUCUGCAACCAGCAGCUGAUCGGUGUGUCUCACCAGCUCUCCAGCGUGUCGUCAUACGUUGUCGAUCUGAAGAGGGUGAAGAAGAGCGGCGGCUCCGUGAUCCAGGGAAUCAUCCAGGACAACCAGCCGCUCACAGAGCCGAAGGAUCCCAAAGGAGCCGCACUGAGAAGGAACUACGAGAGACCCACGACCACCUGCAGCUCACAGAGGGUGAAGCAGAGGUCAGACGCUGAUAGGCGGAGCCCCGAAGGUGAGAGGCGGAGCCCCAGCGAGGACGAGGCAGAUGAGAAAGUGUCGACAGCUGAGAUCCACAACGCUGAAGACUACAAGGAGAUCUUUCAGCCCAAGAACGCCAUCUCUCGCACUCCUCCCAGGAUCUCAGAGCCUUUCCCUGCUCCUCCAGAAGACGAAACUAUAUUAGCGAUCGGCCGUCACCUGAAGGACAUGAUAUCUCCAUUUCCUGACAAGCAACAGGCUCCUCCGCUGGCCUCCUCUACUCCUGUCCAGAGGGUGGAGCCUACAGUGGUCUCCUGUGCGAAGCGUCCGGCCCCCUCGGCGGUGGCCCCGGCAUCCUCCAACCCCCCCACCUCCCUCCCCCCCGCCCCGCAGCCUCCCGUCACCACGGCCAAGUCCAAACCACAACCUAAAAUCAUCCUCGGCACCAGAAACGAACCCAUCGGACUGAACGUGGCCGACUUCCUGCCUUCUUCACCCAACAACAGGCCCGGAGCUCUGAGCGAUGAGGAGGCUCUGUCUCAGAUCAAGAAGGGUCACGACACCAUGUGUGUGAUGCUGAGCAGCCGACACAAGAACCUGGAGACGGUCCGAGCCGUGUGGGCUAGAGAGGACAUCAAGAGCGCUCUGGACGCGGCCGUCUCCAUGAAUGACCUGUCUAUUGUCGUGGACAUCCUCAACAUUAUCAACCUCCAACCGUCUCUAUGGAAACUGGACCUUUGUACGACGAUUCUUCCUCAGAUCGACAAACUGCUGCAGAGUAAAUAUGAGAGCUACAUGCAGACUGGCUGUACGUCUCUGAGGCUCAUCAUGAAGCACUUCUGGAUGCUGAUCUCAGACACGCUGAAGGCCGCGCCGUCUGUUGGAGUCGACAUCACACGAGAGGAGCGACAUCAGAAGUGCAGAGCCUGUUGCAAGCAGCUGAAGAACCUGAGUAACAUCGUGAAGAACAAGGCGGCGCAGGUCGGUCGCCACGGCAGCGCCUUCAAAGAGCUGCAGCUGCUCAUGGCUCCGCUCGAGGACUCGCUCUGAGAACGACGACGGCGGCGAGGACGCGGGACUGAAGGUUCCAGACAGACUAACCCGUCAGUUGAUGGACGGAGCCGACGGAUGCUACACAAACACCUGUUCACGCAACGCAAUCCUGCAGAGGCUUCAUCGCACCGGUUGUGGCCGGAAGAAAAGUGUUAAUAAGUGUUAUUUAAAGAUGUUAGUCUUCCUCACACCGACACUUUAAGGACAUCCUGUCAUCUCUCUCGCAAUCAGAGAAGAGGAUGAUCCCCUGCUCGCUGACAGGUACAGACGGUAGAAGAACCAGCUGCGAGACGACAGCCGUGCAGGUUGGACAUCGGUACACGGCUCUUCACUCGUGAUCAGAGGCAGAGACGUGAAGGAAACUUCACCGAGACCCACUGUGAGUUGUGUGUCUCAGUAAGACGCCGGGCGACACCGGCAGAUCCCUGAGAGGUUCAGGUGUAGGAAGUGUCGUCGUCCAUCAGACAGCUGACAACGUUGGGUGUGACACGCUGCAGUUUGAGGAGUUCUGCAUUUGGGGAAAUUUUGGACGCCACUAGUUACCACUUUCCUGUCUGUGUUCAGUUUGAGGCUGGAGUCGAGAUCUGCUUAGCUUAGCAUAAAGACUGGAAACAGGAGGGAAGAGCUAGCCUGGCUCUGACCAAAGGCCACCUGUUUCCGGUCUUGAUGCUAAGCUAAUCGGCCGUAGCUUCGUAUUUAGCGCACAGACAUGAGGGGUAUCGAUCGUACCUAACUCUCCGCGAGAAGGAAAGGGUGUCCUCCCUAAAUGUGGAACUCUUCCUUUAAUGUGUCCUCAGACGAAGCUGCGGAGCUUUAAAAACAAACGUGGUGAGAGGAGACAGUUGUUUUGUGCCUGUGCCUGUGCCCACCUGAACCGGAGGAUCUCAGGUCGUUACCUUUAUAAUAGUUCACGAUGAGCAAACGUGUCGGUCAGGUGUUCUGAAGACACCUGAGAUCUUGUGAUCGACACAUUUAGUCCUUCAUAGACACAGACGAAGUUUCUGACGAUGUUCCAAUGUUUUCACUCUUUUUCUAAUUUUCAGACACUUAGAUCCACCAUUUUAAAUGUACCAUUCUUAUUGGUUAUUUAAAUAAAGUUGUACUUGUUGGGA